AUGCGCUUGCUCAAUGUACAUACGCUGGAGUUUGAGGAGUUCUACCACGAUGAUAUUGAGAGUCUGCCGCGAUAUAUUAUCGCAUCCCAUCGCUGGGGUCAACGCGAGCCGAAGUACAAGGAUGUCGUGAAAAGGCGACAUACGGAUUCCCCGGGGCAUAAGAAGAUCGAAGGCUUUUGUAAGACGAUCCGGGAGUCUGGGACAGGAGUUAACUGGCUAUGGAUCGAUACAGUGUGCAUUGAUCAGAGGAGCUCAUUCGAACUUCACGAGUCGAUUAAUUCGAUGUUCAGAUGGUAUGCCAAUGCCGAAUGCUGUCUCGCAUACCUCGGCGAUGUCGUGGCGAAGAAGCACAGAAGCUCGAAUGAUCAGGAGAAGCACGACAGUACCUCCUUCGGCCGCAGCAAAUGGUUCACACGAGGCUGGACACUGCAAGAACUCUUCGCACCGAAACUCGUCAUCUUCUUCGACCAGACUUGGCAAGUCAUUGAAACCAAAGGACAAACGGCAUCCAACUGUGAUCCUCUAUGCUUCGCGUCUACCACGAACUUGACAUCUCUGAUCAGCCCGAUUUCCGGGAUCCCAAAUAAUGUUCUCCGCGAUUGCGAGAGGAGGAAAGAAUGCAGUGAUGAGGAGAAAAUGUCCUGGAUGACGAAUCGACGAACGACCCGAGUGGAAGAUCUUGCAUACUGUCUCCUCGGUAUCUUCGAAGUGUUCAUGCCGUUGGUAUAUGGCGAAGGCGACCAGUCUCGUCAUCGCUUGCUGAAAGAGAUUCUGGCGAAGAAGGAAAUCGAGCGGGCAAAACUCGGAUUUCAUAGUGAUCGACAAGAUCACGAAAUCGACAUGCAACUUUGUUCCGAAGAAAAAGCUCUCGACCUGAGCUCUCGUGUCUCGCGACUUAUUCGAAGAAGGGGAUACAGUAAAGAUGAAGCGGUAUAUUACCUUGCAAUGAAGGCCGCACGAGAUCGUGGCGUGCAGGUUGAGCAAGCGAGAGAAGAGAUUGAACAGUACUUGUCCGCCUUUGAGCAACAUGUAAGUUGGACGAAGUACCAGUAUCGCGCAAUAAGGAAACAAGGUUUCCCGCGAGCGACUGCAAUUCGUCAUAUGGAAGCGUAUCUGCGUCGGUGUGGGUAUAAUGCCGUCGAUGCGCAGAGGUCGUUGAAGGCGAGAUUGUGGUAUGAGCCAUUGCCGACGGAGAAGACGAGGGGGGAGAAAGUCGAGGGGUUGCGAGCUGAGGAGGAUCAGCAUCUUAAAGUGCCUCCGGCGUCGACCUGGACAAGUGGGAAAAGCGGCUUGUGGGAUGGAACGCAGAGGGGCCCAGUGCCGGAGAUUAAUGUAUUUGAUUAUGAGCUGCAGGAACAAGGGCCGGAGGAGAGUACUCGUGGGACAGAACAGGAGGCGUCGUCUUUUGAGCAGAGUCGCGAUACAGUCGAAAAGGAUUCUGCGCAUGAUGCCAGGAAAGGAGUGCCUAUUGCUCGGGUCAAUUCGCCAAUUCAGCAGCCCAGAACGACGGGGUUCACAGUGCACCUGCGUGCGAGCCCGGAAAGAAGUCUCAACGCUGGUGCGCCUGCAAUGUGUCUAAGAGAACUGUCAGCCGAGGGCCUGCAAGUUGGAGAAAUUGCAAGUAGGGUCAACCCAGAUGCAGUAAGCACGAUGGAAGAAGAGAUAGUAGUCGGGGACAGUCUGGCUUCCAAUCUCGACCCCGCAGCGCAAGAAACCCAAAGAUGCAAAGAGGCCUCUCCGAUCACACAAAGUGAGAACGAGAAAGGUGCUGUUCUUGGUCUCCAACAGACAGCUGCCUCUUCCUCAAGUUGCAUGGCGAGGGAAAAGCCUGCCAAUGCAGCCCAAUGCAAAGGUCCUGUCGACUUUGACAGCCGCGAAUCCCGUGCGGACCUUCCCAUUCGCACUCUUUCAGCGAGCCGCCAACCUUUGUACGUCUCGAGAGACCAACAAGUGCCGAGAACUGCUGCGAUAAAGGCGCCCGUCGUCGUGGGCGCUUCGUCAGAAGACAGCGAUAGAGCAUCUGGGCUGGAAGGAACACGGCAGGGGAUGCCAGUGUAGACUGGCGCCAUUAUGAGGUCUUUCUUGGAAGCUGAAUGAAAAACAUGGCAGGCAAAUGAAGAGAGAACAUAUCUGCUACUCCACUGUGCAAGGGCCCAUUGCGCCUUCGCGCUGCCGUGAUACGUUACGGCAUAUGAGAAACGCAUCGCGAUCGCGGUUGUGACACCCUCGUGCUCAGCAGAGGCCAAAGAGGAGAGGAGAUGCUGUUGAUCUGAGGACUCGAGCGCCCGUCUCCCAAAGAAGAGUCACUGCUUUGUUGUUGUAUGAUCGCACCAGCUGUAGCCAGGAAAUGUAAGCACUGUCCUCUGCACUCAGCUUCCCGCAUCCCAUACAGUGCGAUAUUCAUUUCGCUGCUGUGAUGGGCCAUCUUUGACGUGCAACUACGGUUUCUCCUUGCACGCCUGCAUGUCCAAGGCACAGCAGCUGGACAUGCCGGAGACCGUGGCUCUGUCUAAGACGCUCUUUAGACCGUGGCAGCGCACAUUUCUCAGUGUGGAUAUCCCAUUCCAUCUCCCGGAGAUAUG